AUGGCGGACCCCCAAAAGUACACCGUCGGCUGGAUCUGCGCCCUGUCUGUCGAGUUCGACGCCGCCCAGGCCUUGCUCGACGAGGAGCACGACGUCCCUGUCACCCCCACAAACGACAACAACAACUAUGCGCUCGGCCGGAUUGGCAAUCACAACGUUGUCAUUGCCGUGCUGCCGGAUGGCGAGUACGGUACCAGCUCGGCGGCAGCGGUGGCGCGGGACAUGCUGCGCAGCUUUCCCAACGUGCGCAUCGGGCUGAUGGUGGGCAUCGGCGGCGGCGCGCCAAGUCCAAAACACGACGUCCGCCUCGGCGACGUCGUGGUCAGCAGCCGCGACGGAGGUAGAGGCGGCGUGUUCCAGUACGACUAUGGCAAGGCGGUGCAGCACCAGGAUGUUUCGUUCCAGGAGAUGGACUUCCUCGACCAGCCGCCGAUGGCGCUCCGGACGGCGGUGAGCGCGUUGAGGAGCAAACACAAGAGGAAGGGGCAUCAGCUCGAGGCCAGCAUCGAAGAAGCUCUACGGGAAUGGCCGCGGCUGCGAGAGGAGUAUUCGCGGCCGCCUGCUGAGACCGACAGGCUCUACAGAUCCCAAGUUGUCCAUCCCGACUCUCGGGAAGGAUGCGGGGCAGUAUGCAGCAGCCACCCGGAGCAUCUGGUGGUCCGGACGAGGCGCGGCAAGCAUCAGGACGACCCUGCGGUUCACUACGGAUUAGUUGCCAGCGCAAACAAACUGGUCAAGGAUGUGCGGAUCCGCGACAAGCUGGCGGAGAAGGGGGUGCUCUGCUUCGAGAUGGAGGCGGCGGGCCUGAUGAACCACUUCCCGUGCCUAGUGGUUCGCGGCAUCUGCGACUACGCCGACUCGCACAAGAGCAAGGACUGGCAGGGGUACGCGGCGAUGGUGGCGGCGGCGUAUGCGAAGGAGCUUCUGCAGCAGAUCCAGCCUAGCAAGGUCGAAGCAGAGAAGCGGAUCGCCGAGAUUCUUGAUGCCAUCGAUCGUAAAGUCGACGGCGUGCAGCAGACGGUGUCGGCGACGAAAAGCGUAGCUGAUUCCAUCAAGAGUGGCCUCCAUACCCACGACAUCGAGCGCUGGCUGCGGCCGCCCGACCCGUCCACAAAUGCCAACCACGCGAGGAAGCUCCGGCAUGAGGGGACCGGCGCGUGGCUCUUGGCACACCCGGCCUUCCAAUCAUGGAAGUCGGGGUCCCGUCGGCAUAUGUGGCUGCACGGGCUCGCGGGGUGCGGCAAGACUGUCCUCAGCGCCACGGUGCUGGACGAGCUCGCGGCGGGCAAGGACCGGCUUCUCGUCAGCUUCUUCUUCGACUUUGGCGACACGACAAAGCAGAGCGUGGACGGCAUGCUGCGGUCGAUUGCCUUCCAGCUCUACCAGCUUGGGGCGGGCUCGUCGGUGCUUGACUUUUCGUUCCAGGCACACCAGGGCGGCAGUCAACAGCCCGCUUCGAAAACACUCGAGGACAUUGUGAUGAAGAUGCUUACAGUCCAGAAGAAGGUCUCCGUCAUUCUCGACGCCUUGGACGAAUCAACGACGAGGAGUGAGGUUCUCUCCUGGAUGGAGGCCAUCACUUCUAGGCCCGAGCUUGCGCACGUCCAGCUGCUUUGUACCAGUCGACCUGAAUUGGAGUUCCAGCGCAAUUUUCCUGAAUUAAUAGGGGAAGAGAGCUGCCUGAUCUUGGACAGGCAUGCGGUCGACAGGGACAUCCGAUCCUAUGUCACAGCACAGCUCGCGCAUCGGCGUGAUUUCCGGGAGAAGCGUCUUCCGCAGGACCUCCUCGAGCGCAUUCAGAGCAAAGUCGGGGACGGAGCCGACGGCAUGUUCCGAUGGGCGUUCUGUCAGCUGGACAGCCUUGCGCGGUGUCGUCACGCGACGGCGAUGGAAAGGGCGCUCGCAUGUCUGCCGCGCAACCUCGACGAGACGUACCGGCGCAUGCUUGAGAGCGUCCCGGAGGAGCUCAAACGCGACGCCCUGCGGCUCCUGCAAUUCCUGGUGCACUCUACGCGGCCACUCCGGCUGGCGGAGGCGGUUGAGGUGAUAGCGACACAGACCGCAGGGGAAUCGGCCGGAUUCGAUGUCAAAAGUCGACUGUUCAGCAAGGCCGACGUCCUGGAGUAUUGCCCAAGCUUGGUGGUGGUGGUUCACGCGGCCGACGACGAGCUCCAUCUCUCCCACUUUUCAGUUAAAGAGUACCUCCUCGGGAUUGACCAGAUGCAGCUUCCGGCUGCCAGUAUCUCCAUUACGAAGACUUGCCUAGUGUAUUUGACGGACAUUGGCGGCAAUCAGACAGAGAUCAAGCAAAACUUCCCGAUGGCACGAUUCGCAGCAGAAGCGUGGGUUGGCUUUGCUGCUUCUGCCCAGGCAAGCAGGAAUGUGCUGGAAGCAAGCGUGAGCUUCCUGGGAGGGGAGGCGACGUUCCAGAGGUGGUGCAGGCUGUACCAGCAGGACCGAAGCUGGGAUAAUGAUCCUGGGCCUCCGAGGGGGUCGCGGCUGUACUAUGCCUGUCUCGGGGGGCUGUAUGGAGCUGCGGAGCUGCUCUUGGACAAGGGGGCAGACGUCAAGUCGCAGGGCGGCCUCUUCGGCAACAGUCUGCAGGCGGCCUCGAGUGAAGGCUAUAUCGAAGUCGUGAGGCUGCUCUUAGACAAGGGGGCAGACGUCAAGGCGCAGGGCGGCUUUUUCGGCAACGCUCUGCAGGCUGCCUCAUGGAGAGGCAAUAUCGACAUUGUGAGGCUGCUCUUAGAAAAGGGGGCGGACGUCAAUGCGCAGGGCGGCCGCCGAUUCGGCAACUCUCUACAGGCGGCCUCAUGGCAAGGCCAUAUCGAGGUUGUGAGGCUGCUCUUGGAGAAGGGGGCGGACGUCAAGGCGCAGGGCGGCGAAUACGGCAACGCUCUGCAGGUUGCCUCAUGGAAAGGCAAUAUCGAUAUUGUGAGGCUGCUCUUAGAAAAGGGGGCGGACGUCAAGGCGCAGGGCGGCCGGUACGGCAACGCUCUGCAGGCGGCCUCAGGGGGAGGCCAUGACGAGGUUGUGAGGCUGCUCUUAGACGAGGGGGCGGACGUCAAGGCGCAGGGCGGCGAAUACGGCAACGCUCUGCAGGCGGCCUCAUGUGAAGGCUAUAUCGAGGUUGUGAGGCUGCUCUUAGACGAGGGGGCGGACGUCAAGGCGCAGGGCGGCCAGUUCGGCAACGCUCUACAGGCGGCCUCAUGGAGAGGCAAUAUCGAUAUUGUGAGGCUGCUCUUGGAAAAGGGGGCGGACGUCAAGGCGCAGGGCGGCGGAUACGGCAACGCUCUGCAGGCGGCCUCAUGGAGAGGUAAUAUCGAUGUUGUGAGGCUGCUCUUGGAAAAGGGGGCGGACGUCAAGGCGCAGGGCGGCCGGUACGGCAACUCUGUGCAGGCGGCCUCACGGGGACGCCAUGACGAGGUUGUCAAAAUCUUGCUACAACAUCAGGCACAUGCCCCAAUCCAAAAACGGGUCGCGUCCACGCCCCCAGCCGAACCGUCCAACAAACGAUUAGCCCUGUAA